AUGGCUACAGAGGUAUCCUCCACCCGGCUCUACCUGGGCAACCUUCCACGUAAUGCCACUAAGGCGGACGUUGAGAACCACUUUGCGGCCCAUGGCACUGGCGAAAUCACCGAGAUUAAGCUCAUGAAUGGCUUCGGCUUCAUCGAGUACAAGGAUGCUAUGGACGCGCGGGAUGUGGUUCCCGGUAACGCAAUAGACGGCUCCGACUUCAUGGGAGAGCGCCUGGUUGUCCAGUUCGCACGAGGGUCCCGCCGCAAUGAGCCUUUUGCCCACCAAGAGCGCACCGCUCCUCGCCCCCGGCGCACCGCUUUCCGCAUGCAAAUUACUGGCCUUCCUGUUGAGACCAGCUGGCAGGACCUCAAAGACUUCGCCCGCCAGUCUGGCCUUGACGUAGUCUACUCCGAAGUAAGCCGCGAUCGCGACGGUAAAGGGUUUGUCGAAUACGAAACUGGCGCGGACCUUACCAAUGCUGUCGAAAAGCUUGACAACCGCGAGUUCAAGGGUCAGACCGUCCGCUGCAUCGCUGACAUUCAACCUGAGCGCCCGCGCGACCGCUUUCGAUCCCGCUCGCCGCCACCAGGACGCCGCGGUGGCUAUGGUGCUCCACCUGACGACUAUCACCAUGAUCGCCGCGGUCCUCCGCGUGCUGGCUAUAGCCCACGUCGCGAUGAUUAUCGUCGCCGCUCACCGCCACCACGUGAUUAUUAUGAUCCACGUGAUCGCUACGAUCGUCGUGGCCCUCCUCCGGUUGACGAUGGGUACGGUCGGCCCCCUCCACGCUAUCGUGAGGACGCUUACGAUGCUCGCGCUCCGCCCCCACCUCGCGCUGCGUAUGAGCCAGAUCCUUACAUGAAUGGUCAUAGCCGCCCGUACGACCGACCCCCGUCGCCUGGCGGCAGGAGACCCAGGAGCCCACCUCGUGGUGGAUAUGAGGACGGCUACGGCCGUAGGCCUUACUGGUGA